AUCUCCAAGUUUGAAAACGGAGGUGCUUAUAAUUGAAGUACUAAUAUUUUGACGGCACGCCAAAUUUGAAAGCUCUAGUGACAAAGUCCACUAUAUAACUCAACUCCACACUCCAUAGUUACAUCAAGAAAAUAUAGUAAGCAAUUAAAUCAUAGAAAAUGGAGGAAACAUCAACAGUUUUGGCCCAAGAAUUAUCAAACCUUCCACGAGAAAUCAUCUUUGAAAUUCUAUUGAGAUUACCUGUCAAAUCCCUCUCGAAAUUCAGGUCUGUUUCAAAAUCAUGGCUUUCUUUACUCUCAUCUCCUCUAUUCAACAAAACCCAUGUCAAUUUUUCCUUAAACAACCCCAAAAUGUCUGAUUAUAGACUUGCUGUAGUAGCCUCAGUUUCUAAGUUGGGCAGAAUCUGCAAUAUUUACAACAUAGGGUUUGGAAAAGAUUCAUUUUUUAAUGUGGUUAAACAUGGUAAUCCUGCUAAAUAUUUAUCUCUCUCUGCUAAGAUUUUGGGUUCUUGCAAUGGGUUAAUUUGUUUAACUAGUGAUAAAUUUACACUAAUGCUAUUCAACCCAUGUACUGGAAAUUUUAAUGUAUUUCCUGAUUCGAUGCUGAAAGAUAAUAGUGGUGGUUGUUAUGUUAGAUAUGGAUUUGGUUAUGAUGUAUCUAAUGAAGAUUAUAAGGUUGUGAAAAUCUUUAGUUUUCCUAAAACUGAGGGAAGAUAUGAGAACAUGGUUAAGGUUUAUAGCUUAAAGGCUAAAUCUUGGUCAAUUAUUGAGGGUUUCAAUAGUGGUAAUAUAAAUGGAAAGUUGGGUGUGUUUGUUAAUGGGGCUCUUCAUUGGGAAGCAUGUUAUAGUUAUUGUUCGAGUGAUUCUUGGGCGAUUGUUACUUUGGAUUUGGCUGAAAUGAAAUAUGGGAAAAUAGCUUUGCCGAGUUAUGAAGAUGAAGGUAUUUAUUGGACCUUAGGUGUUUCAAGAGGGUAUUUAGUUGCUUGUUGCAACUAUGAACCAAAAAGGGCUGAUAUAUGGGUGAUGAAGGAGUAUGGUGUCGAGAAAUCUUGGACUAAAUUGGUUACCAUCUCAUUACCCCUUGAUCGUAGGGAUUAUGUCUCACCGUUGUUUGUGACAGAGAAUGGUGAUGAAGUUUUGCUGCAGUUUGGUGCAGAGCUAACACGGUACAAUUCAAGGAAUGCGUCAUUCAAACGACUAGACGAUUUCAUGUCAGGUGAUUUUCGUCAAGUUCAGGUGAUAACCUACUUAGAGACUCUUGCUUCACCUCAUAUUUAGUGACGUGAUGAUAGGUUAACGGUGAAGGCAAAUGAGUUUAAGAGAUGGUAAAAGAUCUUUCCGAUUGCCUGGUGCCUGCUCCUGCUCCUGUUCUCAUAGUUAUUGAUAACAUUGUGUCUUGUCAUUGUAUUUUCUUUGCAUUCUUCCUUAUCAUGUAAGGUGCAUGGCCCUUCAGCAACAUUGACUGAGAAGUGCUACUGUUAUAAUGCUCAAUUGAAGUUCUAUUUUCCCACACAAUUCGUAUCGUGCACCAUGUGGAUACAAAAUCCUUGAAUGCACUAAUGUUCAGUGCCAUAUAGAUAUGCUUUGGGUAAAAAUAGUUGCUUUAAUGCAUCAAUAGACCGUGUACUGACCAUCUUCUCCUGAACUUUAUGAAAGUUCCUUGAGUAAUUCAGUUGAGUAUAUGUCAAAAUCAGAUAGUGUUUCUCCUGAACUUUAUUAAAUAACUAUUGGCCUUGUUAGUGUU